AUGUACUUGAAAAUUGUAGAAUGCUUAAACGAUGUCAAUAAAUCAAUACAUGGUUUGACGGCCAUAGUUGUUUUUAUUGUAGCAAAUGUCGCCGAAAUAAUCGAUUUGAUAUACUGCCAAGUAUUAUUUCCUAGAGAAUAUAAAACUUUAUUGGUAUAUCCUCUCGCAUCAUCAUUAGCCUGUGCCGCUAAGGUUCUAAUAUUAUACAUGAUUGGUCACUCCACGGAAAAAGAGAUAAAUCGGAUGAGUCUUGUCUUACAUCAACGAUCCGUGAUCGAAAAAAACCCUAGAAUUAAACGUCAGAUCAAGUUCUUUUUACUACGAAGAUUGCACGAACACUUCCAUUUUCAGUUGUAUGGAAUGUGUCAUAUCAAUCUAAGGCAACUACUUAUCCUAACAAACAGUGCAAUUGGUUAUUUAGUAAUUCAAAUUCUGUUCAAAUUAAAUAAAUAA